CACGCGCCGCACGGAUGGGGAGAAGGGAGGCCCGAGAGGGGGUAUACGCCCAGGCGGUGGGCAGCGGCUGGGAUCCGAACACCGCCCUACCCGGGAGUCCCCCAGCUUGGCUCGCUGAUUUGUGAAACCCGAGCGGAGGAGAGGGCGCGGCAUCGUGGGGGCUCUUUCAGACUGGGUGCAGUUUAGGGUCUUCGGAUCUAACGUUCCCUGGCCCCACGAGACCUCUGCGUCUCUGCCGAGGUUGAGAGGGCGUGAGGUGGGGGACCAGAGGUCUGCUGGACCCUUUCAUACACGGCAGUUUUCGAACUGGAGGGGGCUUCGGGAUCGCUAAGUAGAGCCCUUCGCUUUAUGGAUGAGGAAGCCGCUCCAGAGAGGGACAAGAAUGGUCCCAAGUUCCACUGCCUCCCACACUCCACACAGGGGUCCGUAGUGACCGAAGAUGGACCCACAUGUGGAGAUUCAGCCAGCCACCCUCUGACUUCCAGCCAUGACCAUCACUACCAACCACCAUUUCUUGAGUACCUGUUCUGUGCUGGGCACUGUUCUGGACAUUGAGGGGGGAUUCAAAAGAGAGAAAGCACAGUUCUGUCCCACAAGCAACUUGUAAUUUAAUUUGGGAGCGGAAACCCACUCAAAUGAUGCGGCGUAAGAAUGGUAACAAGCGUUAUUUCACUAGAAUGGGUACUAGGAAAAAAGUUCAUACCUUUGUCCGUGUCAAACCCACCGAUGACUUUGCUCACGAAAUGAUCAAAUACGGAGAUGACAACAAAAGCAUUGAUAUUCACUUAAAAAAAGAUACUCGGAGAGGGGUUGUCAAUAACCAGCAGACAGACUGGUCGUUCAAGCUGGAUGGAGUUCUCCACAAUGCCUCCCAGGACUUGGUUUAUGAGACAGUCGCAAAGGACGUGGUUGCUCAGGCUCUCGACGGAUACAAUGGUACCAUCAUGUGUUAUGGGCAGACGGGAGCCGGCAAGACAUAUACCAUGACAGGGACAACUGAGAAUUACAAGCACCGGGGGAUCCUUCCUCGUGCCCUACAGCAGGUUUUUAGGAUGAUUGAAGAACGCCCCACACAUGCCAUCACUGUGCGUGUUUCCUACCUGGAAAUUUACAAUGAGAGUCUGUUUGAUCUCCUGUCCACUCUGCCCUAUGUCGGACCAUCAGUCACACCAAUGACCAUCGUGGAAAACCCUCAAGGGGUCUUCAUUAAGGGCUUGUCAGUCCAUCUUACAAGUCAGGAGGAGGAUGCAUUCAGCCUCCUUUUUGAGGGAGAGACCAACAGGAUUAUAGCCUCCCACACAAUGAAUAAAAACUCAUCCAGGUCGCACUGCAUUUUCACCAUCUAUGUGGAGGCUCAUUCGAGGACCUUAUCAGACGAAAAGUACAUCACUUCCAAAAUUAACUUGGUGGAUCUAGCAGGCUCAGAAAGGCUGGGAAAGUCUGGGUCUGAGGGCCGAGUCCUGAAGGAAGCCACCUACAUCAACAAGUCGCUGUCAUUCCUGGAGCAGGCCAUCGUUGCCCUCGGGGACCAGAAGCGGGAGCACAUCCCCUUCCGGCAGUGCAAGCUUACCCACGCCCUCAAGGACUCAUUAGGGGGAAAUUGCAAUAUGGUUCUCUUGACAAACAUCUAUGGAGAAGCCGCCCAGUUAGAAGAGACGCUGUCUUCACUGCGGUUUGCCAGCAGGAUGAAGCUGGUCACCACUGAGCCUGCCAUCAACGAAAAGUAUGAUGCUGAGCGAAUGGUCAAGAACCUGGAGAAGGAGCUGGCACUGCUCAAGCAGGAGCUGGCCAUCCACGACAGCCUGGCUAACCGCACCCUUGUGAACUACGAUCCCAUGGAUGAAAUCCAGAUUGCUGAGAUCAACUCCCAGGUGCGGAGGUACCUGGAGGGGACACUGGACGAGAUUGAUAUAAUCAACCUCAGACAGAUCCAGGAGGUGUUCAACCAGUUCCGGGUGGUUCUGAGCCAACAGGAACAGGAAGUGGAAUCUGCUUUGCGCAGGAAGUAUACCCUCAUAGAUAAGAAUGACUUUGCAGCCAUUUCUGCGGUCCAGAAGGCAGGGCUUGUGGACGUUGAUGGCCACCUAGUAGGUGAGCCUGAUGGACAAGGCUUCGGACUCGGGGUCACCCCUUUCUCUGCCAAACCUGGGAAGAAAUCCAAGUCCAAGAAGACAUUCAAAGAGCAGCUCAGCUCCUCAGCAAGAAAGGAAGGUGCCAGCAGCCCUGUGAGUGGCAAGGAGUUGGAUGUCUCUACGUCCAAGACCCAGCUGACCCCAUCCUCCAAGGAGGGGGAUGUCAAAGACAUGACUAUACGGGAACGGGAGACCUCCAGCAUUGAGCCCCUUCCUUCGGACUCCCCAAAGGAGGAAUUACGCCCACCCAGGCCCAGUACCCCACCCCCCAAACCCGUGGCCUUCGAGGACUUUAAGAAUGAGCGAGGCAGUGAGAUCAACCGCAUCUUCAAAGAGAACAAAUCCAUCUUGAAUGAGCGGAGGAAAAGGGCCAGCGAGACCACACAGCGCAUCAAUGCCAUCAAGCGGGAGAUGGACGUGACCAAGGAGGCACUAAAUUUCCAGAAGUCACUCCGGGAGAAACAAGGUGAGUAUGAGAACAAGGGGCUGAUGAUCAUCGAUGAGGAGGAAUUCCUGCUGAUCCUGAAGCUCAAAGACCUCAAGAAGCAGUACCGUACUGAGUAUCAGGACUUGCGAGACCUCAGGGCAGAGAUCCAGUACUGCCAGCACUUGGUGGAUCAGUGUCGUCACCGCCUGCUCACAGAAUUUGAUAUCUGGUACAACGAGUCCUUCUUCAUCCCCGAGGACCUACAAGUGGCACUGAAGCCAGGCGGCAGCAUCCGGCCAGGCAUGGUGCCUGUCAGCAGGAUCAUGUCCCUGGGAGAAGAUGCCCAGGACAAGUUCAGCCAGCUGCAGCAGGUACUGCUGCCCGAGGGCCCUGACUCCGUCGCCUUCUACAAUGCCAAAGUCAAGACAGAACAGAAGCACAAUUACUUGAAAACCAUGAUGGGCCUCCAGCAGGCACACAGAAAAUAGGGAUUCAUCGCCAUUGCCUUCAAGGACAAGACCCCCAGUAACUCCUGCUGCUCUGGAGUGGGGCUGCCAAACCCCUUGCCCAGAGUUCCAGACAGCCUGCUCCAAUGCUGGAGCCCAGCCCAGAGGACUCACAAUGGCCUGCCUCCCAACAGGAACAUCCUUCACAGGACACUCAUCUUCACAUACCACUUUUGGUUUCAAUUCACUGUUUUAUAUGCAGGGACAGGAUAAAAUAAUUUUCUAGCUUGGACAUUCAGUGUUCACUCAAGAGCCUGAUUUUAUUUCCCGUCCAGGAGGAUGCUUCCCUAUGCACAGGUGGGGUCAGAACCGAGUCUCCGGUAAGAAAGGGAAAAAGUAGCUCAGCCACCUUCCUCUGGCAUGCCUUUGUCCCACUGGUCACCCUCUUUCCUUCCUUGGGUGGGCAUUCUUGGGGGGAGCUAGUUCUGAGGAGCCCUGGUUCUCUCAGUCCCUGUCAGACUGUAGGUUCUCUUGGGACAUCCUCUCUGUGUUCCUGAGCCAGUGAAAGCGGGAGGCCCUUCUUCCUCAGCAACCAGCAGAGGAAUGGGUCUAGGUGGAAAUGGCUGAAAGGCAGAUUUUUAUCUCAGAAUAUGAAGAGGCUUAAAAUGAGCACAGCCCUACCUGAAGUUAGCAGCAAGAGCCCCACAGUGGGAGGCUGUCUGGCAAGAAGGUUGCAGAACCUGUACCAGAUAGAAGGUUGAACUGGAUGGCAUCAGUCCAUUCAAACACUCGGUGACCCUGUCCUUCAGCCCAGCAGUGAGCAGAUGGAUGGGGGUUUGUGGAACAGAGAAAGUAGAAAGGCAUCCGUGAGGUCUCUGCCCUCUUCCUCUUCAGCCCCUUUCACUUUCACUGACUGAUACAUAAUGGUCCUAAAACAGCUUUCAGAGGCUCCUACUACACCGAGGCUUUGCAGAGCGGCUUUGAAGCGCCCCUGCUCCCUCACCCUGGAUGACACACAUGGGGACUGUCACUGAUCGGCACUAAUGGUGUGCACACAGCCCUACUGGUCAGUCCUCAUGUCUCCUUUGAUUGUGGCCAAAUAGACGAGUCUGCCCAGGCUCUGCCUGCCCUCCCAGCUAGUGCAGGCCUCGGGCUGCACCUGAUUCUUUCCUUUCUCGGCUUCCCCUGCUCUUACCGGGACUUGUUUGGGGUUCCCAGGUCUUUAGGGCAUCUCAGGAAAUAGGCCAUAGCAAAUGGGGUCCAUCAUCUUUUGGGGGCCAUAGGAAGCAGCUGUUUGUGGCGUUACUGGUCCCCCUUCCCUUCAUUCUCUGCCACUGGCUGCAAUGGCAUGGCCCUACUGGAUGUUGCUCCAUAGGAUUUCUACACAGCCAGUCCUGGGGCCUGCUGGCCAGGGCGAGCUAGGCCUCUGUCAUGGCAGCUGGGCACAUUGGUCUCUAGCUCAAUUCAUUACGACAAAGGCCUCUGUGGCACAAAGUGAACCAAGUAAUCAUCAGUGUGGGCAGAGCCAGAGAAAUAAGCCAGGAUGGUGCCUGGCAGAUCACCCUCCACAAACUCCUCACGGGAGCAGAUGCUUCCAACAUGACAGGGAGCUAGGGGGCAUCCCGUCCACUCAAAUGGGCCUGUUGUUCUAGAAAAUAGUUUCUGCUGAGCUAAUCUGACCACCAAAAUCAUCCCUGGGGGGACUUCCAGUUCCAACAUGGGACAGAUAAGAUAACCUGAAAAUACUCCUGCUACAAGCAGAGAUGCUGGCUCAAGUAGAAAUUGUUUUCAAUGCAAAGCUAAAUUUGCAGGAAGAGACAGAGAACUGCCAGGGGCUGGAGAACUGAAAACGCAAGUGGUCAGCAUGGGAACCGGCUGUGGCUGCAAGGGCCAGGAAGGGGUGUGCGUGGAUUGUUGCCCUUGAGUGUGAAUGUCCACAUAAGUGUGAGAAAUAAGGCUCUGGCCAUGCCCCAUAGGAAGUUGGAAGUGGGACCUUGGGCAUAAAGCUGGCACCUUGAAGGCUUCAUCCUUCAUACAGAGGUAAGCUAGAAAAAGUUCCCCCGCUUUUGGGGGAAAAGUUUCUAGAGAUGAGGGGAAACAGGUCCUGAGAGAAUUUGCAACCAUGCACAGGUUUGGGAUUCAGACUUCCACUGUGUCCAGGAACCCCCAGCCUGAGGAAUUAGUGUAGAAAUUAGCCCAGAGAGGGGCGCUUGCGUGGCUCAGUUGGUUCAGCGUCUGACUUUGACACGGGUCAUGAUCUCACAGCUUGUGAGUUCAAGCCCCACAUCGGGCUCUGUGCUGACGGCUCAGAGCCUGGAGCCUGCUUCGGAUUCUGUGUCUCCCUCUCUCUCUCUGCCCCUCCCCCGAUCAUGUUCUGUCUGUCUCUCUCUCUCUCAAAAAUAAAUAAAAACAUUAAAAAAUUAAAAAAAAA